CCUCCCGAAUCCCGCGCGCGCGCGCGCCGGCCCCCUCCUCGCAGUGGUUUGUCCUGCAGCUCCCCUGGGCUGAGCGGCCAGUCUUGCGGCCCGGCGCGCCACCGCUUAGCCGCUAUCCUCCGGGUGGCCCCCGCGCGCGGCGCUUAGUCGGCCGGCGAGAGGUGAGGCGAGCGGAGGCUCCUGCGGCACUCGGCGCCCCCCGCCGCGCCGGCCCGCCAGAGUCCCGGAGCCCAGACAAAAGAAGCCGCGGGCGCAGGAAGGCACGAGCAGCGGCGGCGCAGGGCGAUGGCCGCGCGAGGAGGCCGGGCGCUGCUGGCGCUGUGCGGGGCACUGGUCGCCUGCGGGUGGCUGCUGGGCGCCGGAGCCCAGGAGCCCGGGGCGCCCGCGGCGGGCAUGAGGCGGCGCCGGCGGCUGCAGCAGGAGGACGGCAUCUCCUUCGAGUACCACCGUUACCCCGAGCUGCGCGAGGCGCUGGUGUCCGUGUGGCUGCAGUGCACCGCCAUCAGCAGGAUCUACACGGUGGGGCGCAGCUUCGAGGGCCGGGAGCUCCUGGUCAUCGAGCUGUCCGACAACCCCGGUGUCCAUGAGCCUGGUGAGCCUGAAUUUAAAUACAUUGGGAAUAUGCAUGGCAAUGAGGCUGUUGGACGGGAACUGCUCAUUUUUCUGGCCCAAUACCUGUGCAACGAGUACCAAAAGGGCAAUGAGACAAUUGUGAAGCUGAUCCACAGCACUCGUAUCCACAUCAUGCCUUCCCUCAACCCGGACGGCUUUGAGAAGGCUGCCUCUCAGCCUGGUGAACUCAAGGACUGGUUUGUGGGUCGCAGCAAUGCCCAAGGAAUAGAUCUGAAUCGGAACUUUCCAGACCUGGAUAGGAUAGUUUAUGUUAAUGAGAAAGAAGGUGGUCCAAAUAAUCAUCUGUUGAAAAAUCUGAAGAAGAUUGUGGAUCAAAACACAAAGCUCGCUCCUGAGACCAAGGCCGUUAUUCACUGGAUUAUGGAUAUUCCUUUUGUGCUCUCGGCCAAUCUCCACGGAGGAGACCUUGUGGCCAAUUACCCCUAUGACGAGACGAGGACUGGUAGUGCUCAUGAAUAUAGCUCCUGCCCAGAUGAUGCCAUUUUCCAAAGCUUGGCUCGGGCAUACUCCUCUUUUAACCCACCCAUGUCUGACCCCAAUCGGCCACCGUGUCGCAAGAACGAUGAUGACAGCAGCUUCAUAGAUGGAACAACCAAUGGUGCUGCUUGGUACAGUGUUCCUGGCGGAAUGCAAGACUUCAAUUACCUCAGCAGCAACUGUUUCGAGAUCACCGUGGAGCUUAGCUGUGAAAAGUUUCCACCUGAAGAGACUCUGAAGAGCUACUGGGAGGAUAACAAAAACUCCCUUAUUAGCUACCUCGAGCAGAUACACCGAGGAGUUAAAGGCUUUGUCCGAGACCUUCAAGGGAACCCGAUUGCCAACGCCACUAUCUCCGUGGAAGGAAUUGACCAUGAUGUUACAUCCGCGAAGGAUGGUGAUUACUGGAGAUUGCUUGUACCUGGGAACUAUAAACUCACAGCCUCUGCUCCGGGGUAUCUGGCAAUAACAAAGAAAGUAGCAAUUCCUUAUAGCCCUGCUGUUGGGGUUGAUUUUGAACUGGAGUCAUUUUCUGAAAGGAAAGAAGAGGAAAAGGAAGAAUUGAUGGAAUGGUGGAAAAUGAUGUCAGAAACUUUAAAUUUUUAAAGGAGGCUUCUAACUAGCUGCUUUUAAUCAUUAUCUAUACAAUAUAGUAUGAUGUAACGUGACCAUUUUCUUUUAGAUUUUGUGCAGUAUUUAACACUGAUUUAUUUUGUAAUCAUUUCAAUAUUAAUAGACACUACUUAAACUAAAUAACUAGACUUUUAGGUGAAAAUAUAAGAACUUGAUCUGUUUCUUCUCAUAUAGCAUUCAUUUUCCUACAUAUAUUACAAGGAGGACUGUAGCAAAUGUUUAAGCGAUCUUGCUAUUUUAGACUUAAAUGCAAUAUUCCACGUGUUAUUUACAAUACGGAAACUUUUUGAUUAACUCUAGCUUUUCAAAAUUAAUGAAGUGCUUUCAUUGUCAUUGGUGACGAUGCCACAUAGUGAAUGCUGCUGAAAAGGUCAAGGGCUAUAGCAUGGAGUGGUGGGCACUAUACCGCACGAUUUCAAUAGUUCAGUAUAAAUUGUCAUUUGUCUCGUGCUGACUAGCUAUAUAAACAUGAUCAUGUUAAUGCAUUUUUUGGAUGGGAAGGAAAUGAAAAUGUUUAGGAAGAGGUCUUAUGAUGAGAAUGGAAAUCGACUUCUUGCUUGUACAUAAGGGGCUAUACUGUUAUAUUCAACCUGUUAACGCCACUUAAAAGCUUAAGGGUUUUCUCUUGGUUGUUGAUUGGUCUAGAAUUGCAUUCUGAAUGAAUAAAGGUAAAAA